AUGGCUAUCACAACUGUUCACAGUAAAAUUAUUCGGUGGUGGUGGUGGCGGCGGUGGUGGAGGUGGGUGGUGUUAUGGUUGGGGGAUGGGGCGGGGGGUGGUGGUGGUGGUGGUGGUGGUGGAGGAGGAGGAGGAGGAGGUGGUGGUGGUGGAGGUGGUGGUGGAGGAUGGUGUUGGGGAUGCAAUGGAGGCGGUAGACGAAGAAGACGUAGGAAUAAUGCCGAAAGAAUGAAGCAUCAUGGUGGCAAGCCGAGUUACAGCAGCGAAUUCUACAGAGUUGGAGAAUAUGCUCUAUGCACGAAAAGAGGCCGGUGCCGGGGAAUGCGACUUCUUUGCCCUAUACAUUGUGAAGGACCUUGCUUCUAUGAUUGUGAAGCCAAUUGCAAAGCUCACUGCAGAUUCUAAUAAUUCUUGGAAUUUUUCUGCAUUUCUGUUUGUGUUGUUUGUGUACUGAUUGUGCUAAUCAUUUGAAAUGUUUAGUUUUUUUUAUUGUUUGGUGAGUUGAUUGACAAUGUAUGCAGUUUUAGUGAUUGUAAUUUUGUUUAUGUUUGGCAGAAAUUUGCAGAAAGAACCAGUUUCAGUUCA